AUGAAAGAUGGUGGUAGCUCGGUCGUGAUAUAUGGAAGUAAUGCCAAUAUUAGCUUCCGGUUGACCUUUGCCCUGGAUUGGUAUUCGGUGACGUCCAAUCGAGCGAACGAUUUGGUUCACUCGAGUAAAGCAACAGUGUCUCAUCAAAUGAUUCGAUCUGCCAAUUCGAUGGGGCUGAACAAUUUCCGACAAAAUCUGUUCGAAUCACGAGACGCUCUCACGAGACGUCAUUUUCAUCCGCCUAAUGGUCAGAUUGACACUGCCUGUUAUUUGCAUAUGAAUAGACCAGAGGUUGCCAUGGUUACAGAUGAGCGUUGA